AUGCUCCCCCUGCGCACCCCUCUCCUCUUGCUCGCCCUCCUCGCUGCGACGACUGGGAUUGUCGACGCCGUGCUGUUCAAGAACAUGUCCAUCCUCUGCCCCUUGGAGUUUACGCACUGCGUUCACUUGCCACCCAAGCAGCAGCUUGUCCCUCCCGUCGCGACAAUCGAGAUCAAUGAGCCAGACGAAUUCUUGUCUACAGACCUGAGCCCCCAAGAUGCGAUCGCAGUAUUCCCCUACCGCUCCACAGGCACGGUCCGUUUCCUCUGCUCGGGCGAUCCGGAGAUCGAAGAAUGGCGCCUCUACUUCUCCAAAGUCUGGAGCGGCACCUACGUCACGGCCGGGAUGUCCAAUCGCGGCCGGGGAGGGGUGAGCUUUGAUGAUAAUACCACGGAGAAGAAUCCGGGUGCGGGGCAGACGAUUUCCUCGCAGACGAGGGGAGUCAAUGUCGUUUUCGGAUGUAGGGAGUGGUAG